UAUAGGACCAUGGAAUCACGCUUCACCCGUGGCAAAUCCCCUCUGCUGGAGCGCCCGCUGGGCCGCCCGCGGGGGGAGGUGAGCCUGAGUGCCUUCGCCCUGCUCUUCUGUGAGUUGGUGCAGUACUGCCAGCGCCGCGUCUACUCGGUGGCCGAGCUGCAGUCCAAACUGGCCCAACUGGGCCACCAAGUUGGCCUCCGCCUCCUGGACCCGUUGGUGAGCCGUGAGCGGGGCGGGCGCCGUGAGACCAAAGUGCUGAGCAUCCUCCUCUUCGUCAAAGGCCCCGUGUGGAGGGCGUUGUUUGGGAAGGAGGCCGACAAGCUGGAGCAGGCCAACGAUGACGACAAGACGUUCUACGUCAUCGAGAGGGAGCCUCUGGUCAACACCUUCAUCUCCGUGCCCAGGGAGAACAGCACGCUCAACUGUGCUGCCUUCACAGCUGGUUUGGUGGAGGCGGUGCUGGGAGCCAGCGGGUUCCCGGCCAAGGUGACGGCGCAUUGGCACAAGGGCACCACGCUGAUGAUCAAGUUUGAGGAGGGGGUCAUCGCACGGGACAAGAGUCUGGAGGGACGAUGAGGGGGUCCCGACACUUGGAGGUGUCCCCUGUCCUCACACUGGGACACUCGCGUUGUUACGUGGCUCUAUAAAUGUUCUCUUGGCCCAUUGGGUGACCUUCAACCUUGGGUGUCCAUCAGUGGUGCCUAUUGUCCCUCCUGGUGGCCCUUGGAACUACUUGGGGACAUUGGGACCCAUUGGUAUCCCUCAGCACCAACCCCUGUCCUCACACUGGGACGCUCGCAUUGUUACGUGGCUCUAUAAAUGUUCUCUUGGCCCAUUGGGUGACCUUCAGCAUUGGGUAUCCAUCAGUGGUGUCCAUUGUCCCUCCUGGUGGCCCUCAGCCCCUCCUGGGGACAUUGGGACCCGUUGAUGUCACUCAGCACCAUCUACCAUCCACCUUUGGCUUCGUGUUGGAACACUUGAGUUGGUUCAGGUGCAGUAAAUGUUCAGAACCUUCAUUUCUAUCAGUGGUGUCCGUUCUCCCUCCUGGUGGCCGUUGGAACUACUUGAGGACCCACUGAUGUCACUCAAUACAAUCCAUUGUUCUCCUUUGGCUUCAUGUUGGGACACUCAUGUUGUUUUCUGGUCCUAUAAAUGUUCUCUUGGCCCAUUGAGUGACCUUCAAUGUGGGGUGUCCAUCUAUGGUGUCCAUUGUCCCUCCUGGCCCCUCCCUCCCUCAAACCUACAUGAGGACGUUGGAACCCAUUGAUGUCACUCUACACCAUCCAUUGUUCUCCUUUGGCUUCGUAUUGGGACACUUGAGUUGGUUUGGGGUUCAGUAAAUGUUCCCUUGUCCUAUUGGGUGACCUUCAGAGUUGGGUGUCCAUCAGUGGUGUUGUCCCUCCUGAUGGCCCUUGGAUCUUCUUGGGAACGCUGGAACCCAUUUGUGUCCCUCAACGCUCUACAUUGUUCUCCUUUGGCUUCAUGUUGGAACACUUGCAUUGGUUUGUGUCUCAAUAAAUGUUCUCCUGUCCCAUUGGGUGACCUUCAA